AUGUCACCGUUGAUUCAUCGAAGUAUUGAAAUACUAAUGAAAAAAAUGUCGGAUCGGUGUGCCAGAGGCGAACCAUUUGAUAUCUAUGCAUAUUUCAAAAGAUUUACAAUGGACACUAUUUGGUCAUGUGGCUUUGGUCUCGACACUGAUAUGCAAAAUAAUGUCAGCGAUCCCUAUCUCUUCAAUUCGCAACAGGUGUUUGCACGGAAUAAGAUUCGUCGAAUAAUAUUGGUUUUAACUAUUUUGAUUACAGAAUUGAGAAAAGUGUGGAGAAGUAUAUUUCAAUCACUUGGUAUUGUCCGCUAUUGGCUUCGGCGCUAUAUUCCCGUGACACAGCGACUCAUUAACGAAAAUCCUGCUACUUGGAUUGUGAAACAAGCCAAUGGAAUGAUCGAAAAACGUCAACAUUUUGGUCAUACUGAUCGAACAGAUUUAUUGCAGCUGAUGCUUGAUUCCAUGUCCGAAGAAGAUUUAAUUCAAGAUUCCCCAGCAUCGUUUGCAAAAAGUCGUGACUCUGAAGCUGAAGUACCAUUAGUUCGAAAAAUUACCAAAUCCGAGAUUUCGGCGAACAUUUUCCUUUUCAUGAUUGCUGGUUAUGAGACAACAAGCACAGCUCUCAGUUACAUAACAUAUGUUCUUGCUACUCAUCCAGAAGAACAGCAAAAGUUGCAAGAGCACAUCGACGCUUAUUUCGAACCAGAAACAGAACACACCAUGCCAACAUAUGAAACCGUCUCCGAAAUGGACUAUCUGGAUAUGUUUAUUCGAGAGACUCUUCGCAUGUUUCCUAUUGCACCAACAGCGAUUACUCGUCAAAGCACCGAUGAUUUUCCUAUUGAAGGCAUUGGCGUAGUGCCGGCAGGUACAUUGAUCACUGUCGACGUCUACAAUUUGCAUUACAAUCCAAAUUUAUGGGGUCCGUUGGAUCCACAUGAGUUUCAUCCCGAAAGAUUUGCCACCAAAAGACAUCCAAUGGCCUGGAUUCCAUUCAUUCAUCUUCUUCAUGUUUUCCUUCCAUUAUCUCGUCUUUCUUUAAAUGUUCAUCAUCAUUAUCGUGAACAAUGGUACUCUCAUCCAUUAAUUAUUCUCUUACUGAUAUUUUUCAAUGAAGGUGCUUUACAAUAUAUUAUUUAUCUUGUUGGUUUACUUCCAUCAGCAUUCUAUAUUGAAUUACGUAAACCAUCGAAUCAACGUGAUUAUUCAGUAUUUGUUUGGUUAGUUCUCCGUUCAUUUGCAUAUGUCAUUUUGAAUGCAUUGCUUAAAUCAUUAUCGAUUUUUUUAUCUUCAUUACUCUAUGUUAAAUGGCGAAUGCGACUUGUUCUAUAUUUACAUUCAUUCUAUUUUACACAACAACGUUAUUAUCAUUUAUUAAAUAUGACACAACAGAAGCAAACACGAGAAAAUGAUUAUCAAAAUCAUUCAAUACAAACUAAAGAUACCGAUGAUCAUCAACAAAAGUCAGUUGACCACAUUAUCACAACUAGUUCGAGUCCAGUAGUAACCAGUAAUCUAUUGAUUGACAAUCCUGAUCAACGUAUAACUCAAGAUGUGGAUUCUUUAUGUCGAUCAUUAUCCUCAAUCAUUCCAUUACUUGUUAUUUCGCCAUUUACUAUUGCUUAUUAUGCCUAUCGCACUUGGCAAAUCACGGGUUAUUAUGGUCCAUUAGCGAUCACUAUCUAUUUUCUUCUUUGGACUGCAAUCAAUAAGAUCUUCAUCUCUAUUGUCUCCCGAACAAUAUUUCAACAGAAUACUUCCGAAGGUAGUUUUCGUUUUCUCCAUGCACAAAUUCGAACACAUAAUGAAACUAUUGCAUUUUAUCAUGGUGAUGCGUUUGAACAUAAACGAUUCGAUAAUUAUUUGCUUAAAACACUAGUUCCAUUACUUUAUCGUCGAACAUGGCAAGAGUUUCUUUUAAAUUUAUCGACUAAUUUAUACGACUAUAUUGGGAGUAUCAUAAGUUAUCUAUUAUUAGCACUAGCAAUCUUUGUCUUUCAUUUCUAUGAUCAUGUAUCAACGGAUGAUCUCGUUCAAAUUAUUAGUCAAACAUCAUUUAUCACAGGAUAUCUCAUCUAUCGUUUUAAUCUAUUGAAUGAUUUAACAGAAAAAUUAACCGUUAUUGCGGCUAAUACGCAUCGUGAUAGUGGUGUUGGUAAGACCUCACUUUUUCGUGUUCUUCAUUCGUUAUGGCCGGUAAAUAUUCAUGGAUCUUUUUCAUACCAUCUUGCUAAUGCUUAUCUAUUGCCUCAACGUCCUUAUUUUACUAAUCUCGCAUUAUAUGAUGAACUAUCUUAUCCUGAUGUACAUACUUUGCCUAGCGGUGAAAGUCAACAACAAAUCGUACAUCUUCUCGAUGAAUGGAAUCUUACACAUAUUCUCGAUUGUGUCGAAUCGAAUUUAUUUACAUGUCCAAAAUAUGCUUGGCAAGAUUUAUUAUCACCUGGUGAAUUGCAACGUUUGUCAUUUAUUCGUCUAUUACUUCGUCUUUCUUCACCGAAUGAUCCAAGAUCUUCGAGGUUAACUCUGAUUUUUCUCGAUGAAAUUACUUCGUCACUGGAUGUGAAUAUGGAAAUGAAAAUGUACAAUUAUUUAGUUAAACAAAAUCUUACUUUGAUCAGUAUUGGUCAUCGAGAUACUCUACGACAAUAUCAUCAAUAUGAAUUGAAAUUGCAUAGCAAUGGAGAAUAUAUUCUAGAGAAUAUCCAAUCAUAA